GAUGGGAGGAGAGGGAGUCGGGCGAAGACAAACAUGAACAAGCUGAAGUCCUCACAGAAGGAUAAAGUUCGCCAGUUCAUGAUAUUCACUCAAUCCAAUGAGAAGACCGCGCUGACCUGUUUGUCACAGAAUGACUGGAAAUUAGACGUUGCCACGGACAAGUUCUUCCAAAGUCCAGAGCUCUACGUUCCAAAUCUAAAGGCAGCUUUAGACAAGAAGAGGCUCGAUCACCUGUACCACAGAUACAGAGAUCCUCAUGAUGACAACAAGAUCGGCAUCGACGGGAUCCAGCAGUUCUGCGACGACCUGGGUUUGGAUCCGGCCAGUAUAAGUGUCCUCCUCAUCGCUUGGAAGUUCAGGGCAGCAACACAGUGCGAGUUCUCGAAACUGGAGUUCAUGGAUGGCAUGGCCGAACAGGGGUGUGACACUAUAGAGAAGUUAAAAGCGCAGCUGCCAAAGAUGGAGCAGGAGUUAAAAGACCAUGGGAAGUUCAAGGAUUUUUAUCAGUUUACAUUUAAUUUUGCGAAAAAUCCUGGCCAGAAAGGUUUGGAUUUAGAGAUGGCAAUUGCAUAUUGGAAUUUAGUACUGGCUGGAAGAUUCAAGUUCCUGGACUUGUGGAACACAUUUUUAGUUGAGCACCACAAAAGAUCAAUUCCCAAGGACACUUGGAACCUCUUACUAGACUUCAGCACAAUGAUCACAGAUGACAUGUCGAAUUAUGACGAGGAAGGAGCGUGGCCUGUCCUUAUCGAUGACUUUGUGGAGUUUGCACGGCCGCAUAUUGGGACCAAAAGUACGGCCGUUUAAUCGCCGAAGGAACGUCCAUGUGAGGUUUCCACAAAAACAGCGAGCGCAGUGAACGGAGCACCAGGGGACCACACUGAGCUGAGAACUAUGUUGCCUUUUCAACCCUCAGGACUGAAAUAUUUUACACAGCAGAGACUUUAUAUAUGUGUGUGUGUAUGUACAUAUAUAAAAAGGCAUAUCUCUUUGUUGUUCCAAGUAUUGGGCUUUUUUGUGUGUGCUCGAGCCAACUACAGAGGAGUCACCACCUUCGCCCACGUGGUUGGACUCCCCUGAAAAGCAGGUAGAUAGACACACUUUUGAAUUGCAACGUUAAUACGAGGGUUCGUGAGGGGAUAUCAGUCUUUAAAUAUUGAAUUUUAACACUCUUGUGUGCAUUCAUGAUUUUGCUUUUGUUUUAUAAUACAUUUGUGUGACAAGUCAGUAUAAAACAUUGAUUGUAAUUUUUUAAGCAUAAUGCUGUUUGUUUAAACACAAAUGUAUAAAUAUAAAAUAAAUGUUUCAAUUUGG